CUGUUUCUUUCCCCUUGCAUGUUAUAACUAGAGGACUUCUCCUUUCCUUGUCUUCCUUCAAUCGCUCAAAUUCAAAUUAACAAAACUCACUCCCUCACCAUGCCAAUACAUACAAGAAACUCAAAAAAUCUGGCUGAAAAAAUUCACAAUGAUUUCCUUUCCCCACAAAAACAGAACCCCGCUGAAAAAAGAUCCCUAGUUUGUGGCAUUUCCCAUUCUGGCUCUGGCUCUAGGUCCGCAAAAUUCCCAGUCUUUCGUAACAAUGUGGUCGGUGUCCGUGAGGUUUCAACUCCUAGGCGAUCUUUGUUGCAGGACCCAAAUACAAACCAACUUUUCAACAACAAGACUAGUAAUUGCAAGUCUGAUGAUGAGGGGGUUUCGUCUUCGAAUAAAGUAAAAGGUGAAGUGGAAACCAGUAAUAGGAGGGGUGUUAUUAUUGGACUUGAAGCAUCCAAAGCAAGAGUGAGUGCUGUUGGUAUCUGUGAAACCAAGAAACUAGAGAUUGCUACUGCUGAUAAUAAUCAUAGGAAGAGAGAGAGAGCAGAGGGAGCUAAUAAACGGGCUGUUGAAGGGUGGACAAAGGAUCAGGAAAUGGCUUUGCAAAGAGCUUUCUUUACAGCCAAGCCUACCCCUAAUUUCUGGAAGAAGGUUUCUAAGCUGAUAGCCUCUUUCCUCCUGACUCCACAUGAUUGCAUUUACCACUUUAAAAGUGAAGGUCAGUGUAUCCAAAUGCGGGCAACUAUGUUGUUUGUUUUAUCAGCUGGCAGAAUGUGCCCCCCAGCAAUGCCCAGGCACUGUCGUUGGUUGUUCCUAAAGGUUCCUGGAAAGUCUGCACAGGAUUGUUUUGACAAAGUUAACUCUGACCACAUGACUCUACCCCAAACCUUCCCGCGAUCAAGGGCUAAGAGAAUAAACUCAUCACCGCUAGAAUGUUUUUCUAUCUCUGUUAGUAAACUGCUUAAUCCCUCUGGCCCAAAGAAUAAAAGAUUGAGUUGUAAGCAGAAGAGUCAUCUUGCACAUAAAAAUGUUAGAGAGUUAUUGCAAAAGCAGAAUCAAGUGAACCGAGAUUAUGAAGCAGACUUGUUCUCCAUUCUUGAACCUAACCAGAAUUCAUCUAUGCAAGAUUCUAAGCUGGCUGUUGAAAUUUCAACCCCUGAGCAUUCACAAGAAAAACUGGGUUUUCUUCACAAACUCCAUGAGAGUUCUUCUGACCAUAAAAGGCCCCUUUUGAGAUUGAGUUCAUGUGGGAUAGAUAUUGUAAGUCCCCCAGUACUGAAGCAGGUGAAAAACAAGGCUUUACAUGAGAAAUAUAUUGACCAAUUACACUGCAGAGAAGCUAAGAGAAAAGCAGCACAUGCACGGGCAGGAAAAUCUGUUGUAGGAAAAGAGAAUAGGGGAGAGAUCAAUGUUCAGAAAAUAGAUGUGGUUAGAGCUGCAAAAAAUGCCCUAGUUUCGGAUGUAAGAGAUGCUAUUUAUCAGCUCCAAGAUGUACAAACUAAUGCCAGCAGCUCUUCCGAUUUUCAUGAUGAUGGUGUUGGAAGUGAUGAUGACGGAGGUGAAAGCGUACUCUGAGGUAAGCGUUUUACUCUGUUGGUCAUUGUGUUUGAUGGUGAAGAUGUAAGAAUUCCCACCAAAAAAGGACACACUAAUUCGGUGAAUCGUAACUUCUGAAUUCAACAUUUUGGUAGUUAUAAUUGUUGCUGCCUUGUAUAACCCCUAAUUCUUUGAUCCUGUAAUGUAAAAUAAUCUUAGGUUAUACUUUUAGAUUUCUCUUUUUUAUUUCAAAGAAAUUGUCAGUCAUUCUUCCAA